GCCGGUGCCAUUCAGUAAGUGGCUGGAAGCGUAGGCCGAACGUUCCUGUAUCGGUGUAGUGUUUACCAAAGAAGUCAAGAACCUAAAAGGACUUGCCAAAAUGGUGAUUGAGGAGUGGAAAAAGAGCGGGAUUGCCACCAAGUUUCCAACCUAUCGCAACUCGCCCCUGGUCACCACUCACAGCUGGCAGAAGGGUAAGCGACAGGACGAUCGGGCCGAAGGACUCUGGCGCAUCUACGAUGGCAUCUAUGACUUCACCGAGUUCAUUGACAAACAUCCUGGCGGUCCCUUCUGGAUUCGCGAGACCAAGGGAACCGACAUUACCGAGGCCUUUGAGGCACAUCAUCUCACGACGACUCCCGAGAAGAUGAUCGCCAAGUACAAGGUGAAGGAUGCGGCAGAGCCAAGGAUCUACACCUUGACCCUCGAGGAGGGAGGAUUCUACAAGACCCUCAAGGGGCGAGUACGCGAAAAGCUGCAGACGGUCGACAAGCGGCCGAAGAGAAAGAGUGAUAUGAUCCACUUGGGGGUCCUUGUGUCACUCUUCCUCUUUGGUAUUGCCAGUGCCAAAUACAACAGCGUUGUGGCUCUGGUCCUGGCGGGUGUGGCCCUCUGCUGGACGGUAAUUGUAUCCCACAACUACUUCCAUCGGCGUGACAACUGGCAGAUGUACGCCUUCAACCUGGGACUGAUGAACUUCGCCUCCUGGCGAGUGUCCCAUGCCCUGUCCCACCACAUCUAUCCGAACUCCUAUUUCGACCUGGAACUGUCCAUGUUCGAGCCACUGCUGUGCUGGGUGCCCAAUCCGCACAUCAAAAGCAAGCUGAUGCGCUAUGUGUCCUGGGUCACGGAACCGGUGGCCUAUGCCCUAGCCUUCUUCAUACAGAUAGGCACACGUAUAUUCUAUUCGCUGCGCCACACGAACAUCCUGUACUGGCACGAUCUGCUGCCGCUGAGCAUCCCGAUCGCCAUAUACCUGGGAACCGGGGGUUCGUUGGGCGUGUGGAUCUGCGUUCGCCAGUGGCUCGCGAUGACGUCGAUUGCCAGCUUUAGCUUCUGCCUGAUCGGUCUGAAUGCGGCGCAUCACGAUCCGGAAAUCUAUCACGAGGGCGAUGCAAAUCGCGAGGAUCGCGACUGGGGCCUCUUCCAGGUGGACACGAUCAUUGACCGCGGCGAUCUCAAGUGGUCGCAGUUCCUGGUGCUCACCCACUUCGGCGACCAUGUGCUCCAUCAUCUCUUCCCGACCCUGGACCAUGGCCUCCUGCCCGCUCUUUAUCCGGUGCUUUACGAGACUUUGGAUGAGUUCAAGGGUCAUCUGCGCGAAUGCAACCACAUCGAGCACAUGAUCGGCCAGCACAAGCAACUGCUGCGCAUUGAGCCCAAUCCCAGGGCUCCCGGGGCGGGAAAAUAGGAUUUAUGGGGACUAUGUUAAAAGUAAAUAAAUAUAUCCAUACAAUUUUAUUAGUUUAAAA